UCCAAACAAAAAAAAAAAAAAAAAAAUCAGAAAUAUAUCAUCAAAAUUCCAAAGCCAUAUCAUGGCAGCUCCGAACGUGUUUGGAGAACCAUUGACCGAUGAAACAGUGAGGAAGUAUUUUCCAAAUAAGCAAGUAAUCACCCGCAAAGACAGGGCUUACUUGGCUUACAACCUGAGGGAAGCUGAAAGAAAGAAUGAGAAGGCCGAUGCGUACGUGCUCAAACUCAAGGAGAAGUAUGGCGAUGGAAUUGCUACGUUGGUCACUAUUUAUAAUGCCACUGGUGACACCUUAACAUAUUUUAGGGAGCACGAUUUCAGCGGCCACAUCGGUGAAGCCCCGUACCCCAGACAGAUUCAGAACGGCCAGUGGGCUGCUUUCCUCCAUGUGGCCGGUUCAUCCGCCGCCGUUUUGUACCGCGGCCUCAACUACGAUGAAAGUGGUGGAGAAGAGUAUGUCUGGUUGCACUCUUGGUACAACGUCCCCAGCAACCCAAAAAAAUACGUUUACACUGAGAUUCGAAAGCCUGCGCAUUACGAUGCUGCUGAUAUUUGGGACUGGGUCUACCCCUUGAUCAAAUCUGAUUCUUACAAGGAAAAUUCGUUUGGAUGCUACUCAGAUGCGUCCAUUACCCAAAACAACCCUUACAAAUAUUCUGGAACAAUGACCUUGCAGUUCGUUCCUUGAUUCACCUCAUAAUAUAUAUAUUGCAGAAUAUUUGUUUCAAAUAUUUCAUGCAAUAUUAUAUAUAUAUAUAUAUACACAUAAAAUAAACUAUAUAUAUUGACAAUGAUGCCAAUAUGUAUGGAUAUUCUUAUUAUGUCUGUCUGUGUGUGCACGUUUAAGAUUAAGGCUGCAAUUGCAAGUGCACUGUGCAUGCAGCAUUAAUGUUUUAUAGGCUUGGCUAUGUACUCUUGUGUUCUAUCUUGCUGGGAUUAUUUCUUUGCAAGAAGUUAAUGAUACUUGGCUAUGUACUCUUGUGCUAUAUCUUGCUGGGAU